AUGGCGGGAACAACGCCGACAUUGGAGGCAGCAAGGCACUUGUGUCAAGAGGCGCGAGUUGUGCUGACAUCUCUUCGUGGAGGACCUCCCAAUGUUGCACGGGGAGAUUUGGCACAAGAUUUGAUGGAUGUCCGAGCUUUGGUCAACCGUCUGUUGCUAAACUCGACCUCGGAAACUUCUGCAACAGUCGCGACAACGAUAGAUACCACCAAUGAUGCUUCUGGUAGUACCAUGACGACGACGGCACAAAAUGAACAGCAAGCUGCUACAGGAGAUGAGGAAGACGGAGAUGCCGUCUUGGUCCAAUCUCCAGGUCGCAUAUCCGCAUCCCUGCUUCCCACCAAUGAAGAUGUUGGACCUUGUGCUCGUCCGUUCUUGGCUGUAGUCAUGGAUCCACGAGCAGCGGGUCCUCACACGCUAGUGGCUCUAAGAUCUUUGCACAGACUCUUGGAAAAAGGCAGUCUGGUUCCAAAUGCGAAACACUGUUACAAGGUGGGACUCGAACCUCUUACGAAGGGAGUCUUGAAUUGCAAAUUCGAACAGACGGAUGCGGGAGCAGACGAGGCAGUCGAAAUGGCAAUUGCUGAUCUGUUAGCACUCAUGGUACAGAUUGACCGAAGGGCGAUUCGAAAUGAAACGCUGAUGGAUGCUUUCAAUACAGUUUUUGUCACAAGAAAUACGUUUGUGCAUUCACCUGCUCUAUGUUAUCAUUUUGAGGACGUGCUGACGACCAUGCUUCAGGUAGUAUUUGAGGAUUUGGAUACUCUAUGUGAUCCGGCUGGGAAACUGAUUUUGGAACUCUUGGUGAAUCAAUUAUUGCACACACCCUUUGUGGGUGGAGAUGACGAAGCUUCGAGAGAAGCACAAAUGGCUCACGAUGCCACGCGAGUCUUGUGCCUCAGACUGACACGAACGGCACUGCGGACAGGGUUUUCGACAAUGGAAAGUGACAAGCUGGUAGCAGCCUUGGCCAAAUUUGACGAGUCGGGUACCGACAAUGAUCGGAGUCUGUUGCAUAUUAUUCAAGAUGACUUGUGUCUCGCACUCUUAAUGACUGGGCAAGCAAUAUGGGCCUUUGAAGGCAAUAACAAUAUCAGUCCUGGCUUUAUCAGUUUGGAGGUGCUCUCAGAAAUCUGUUCGACCCUAUCCACGCUCUGGACUAGCGUCAACCUUCGAAAGUAUUUGGUUGUCCAAUUCGAAUCCAUAUUUACAGGCUUCUUCCAACGAGCCCUUGUGUUGCUCAGACAAAGGCAGAUCCCAAUUGACUCGAUUUCCUUCCAUGCGAAUAUUAUCUUUGACGCGAGCACAGAAAUUAUACUGGAGUGCCUGGUGGAUAUCAUGACAUUGCAUGAUCACAGUCAGACUGUUGCGCAAGGGAAUGGAGGAUCACUGGAAAGUCUAUUCGCCACAUAUGAUUGUAAUAUGAGGCGGUCCGACGCAGCAGCAGGGUUGAUGAUUGAACUCUGCCGAUGCUGUGGUUCCAAGGUAGACGAAGAAGGUGAAAUCAUAUACACUCCACUCUCUGACGAAGCCGGUUCCGUCCCCGACGAUACAACAAUGGCUGCGCCACCCGCAGUUGAUGCUCCAGGUGCCAGCGAGUCGGGCGAUGGCAUGGCGACUACCCCUGGCUUGCGACAAAUACCUCCUCAUCUCAAAGAACUUUGUGCCGAAGUCAUCAUUGGUGGUAUGAAGUGCAUGUUCAACGAUGAUCAUCCAACUGAAGAAACGAAGCUGGAACGACGAGCGAGGCAAUCUAUCUUUGAAGGCCAACCCAAAGUUAUGCCAUCACCACAGUCAAUAUCCGACCUUAGCCGGGCACAGUCGGUACAUUUGUUGCGCAGUAUCAAAUCCAAGAAGAGACUGAUGAGAAAAGCGGCGCACUUGUUCAACAAGAAAGCUAGCAAAGGGAUCGAAUUCCUUGCCAACUCAGGUGUGAUUCCCGAUCCAGUGACACCUCGCAGCGUCGCUUCCUUUUUGCGGAAUGGAAUUGUUGUAGGACUGGACAAAAAGGCUGUGGGAGCCUACUUGGGAGAAAUGGGCAAGUCGCCGGUCGCUGGAAAGUCACCGCCCAACUGGGAGAGAGAUUUUUUCCACAAAGAAGUGCUGGAGACGUACUGUUCAUUGUUUCGAUUCGAAAAUCAAUCUCUGCUAGACGGGCUUCGCAUGUUUCUCGCUUGUUUCCGCCUACCUGGAGAAGCACAGCAAAUUGACAGAAUAUUGCAAGCGUUUUCCGAUUCUUGCAGUCGGCUAUGCGAAGAGGGUGGGAAGCAGUUGUUUUCCGAAGACCCCAAGCGUGCUAGUGACGCUGCCUAUCUACUUUCGUUCAGUAUCAUCAUGCUCAACACCGAUCAACACAAUGAUAACAUUCGUGAAGACCGCAAGAUGACAAAAAAUGAUUUCAUCAAGAACAAUGCAGACUAUGGCCGGGACAUCACAGAUCCCGGAAAGGAGCUCCCGAAAGAAUACUUGAGUGCAAUAUAUGACAGCAUCCGUGAAGAAGAAAUCCGAACAGAGGGUGAAGGUGCCGAUGGUUCCAUGACAGUGGAAAGGUGGAAGGAUGUGCUUCGAGGGUCUGUCAACGAUGAAGAAGAUGAGGAUAGGCUUCCCACUAUUCACGACGCUGAGGAUUUGACUGAGUUGGUUUUGGAGCAUGUUUGGAUGCCAAUCAUGUCGGCAAUCAGUGCUUUGUGGGGUGUCAAACAGAUUGUAGUCGAUUCAAAUGGUAUGCCUACUGAGAGUGGACCAAACGGUAUGCUUGCAGCUCAAGGUGCCAGGCUUGGCAUGGAUAUGGCCUACGAUAUGAUGGUUGGAGUGCGAAACCUAGGACGAACUGAUGUGUUCUUGAAGAUUUUCGACCGUGUCUGCAUAUACACUGGUUUGUUGACUUAUACAGCAAACGCGUCAGACAGAGCGCGGAAUUUCUCCAAUUCUGUCGAGGCACAGGGGGCAUUCAUCUUAGCACUUCGAAUUGCUAGGGAGACAAAUGAGGAUAUUGGUGUCGAAGGCUUCAAGAAAAUCUGGUCGAUGAUAUUUGAGCUGAGAGACUUGAAGAUGCUUGGAGGUGGUGUGUCGAAAAAGAACACUAGCAUUGUGAUGGAGAGUGAUCCAGAUCUCCUAAAGGAACGGGCACGAAAGGAGUGGAAUUCAAAAUUGGUAAACAAAGGUCGAACCCACGAACCUCAAGAAAAGCAAAACAGCGGAUUGUGGAGUGCCCUCUUUGGCACUUCAGACGAGGCAGAAGAGGAUGCUAAUGCUGCUAAUAAGCAAACGAACGGCCGUAAUUCUAUUCAUGGAAAGGAAAGCCACAUUUUGUGGGACGAUGUGGCUUCAAACAAUGAUGAGGGUGAGAGAAGUGAGGAUAGUUUUGGAUCGAAUUUAGAACCAAGCUCUGCUUCUAUCGAACCAAGCAUUGGUGCACACUUUGAGCGUCACUUGCUCCAGGAAGAUAUGCUGCUGAGCCAGCAACGCGAAAUGCUUGUGACCGGAUUAGAACGCGUCGAAGAUACACAAGCGCUUGGGAUAUCGCCCAGCGAUAGAGUCCGAAAGCGGCUCGAGAAAUGUUGUGACUAUGUCGGUCUUGUAUCCGAUAGCAGGUUCAUGGAUGAUGGCGGUUUGUACACUCUACUACAGGCGUUGGUUGAACUUUUGCCUACGAGUGACAACAUUUGCAAGUCCGAUGAUGAAGCGAAAACUCCAGAUGUAACCCCGAUCUCUCCUGCUUCGGCUGCUUUCGCUGAAGUCUUGAUUUGUGAGAUCGCUCUACGAAAUCGUGACCGACUUACCAUGCUAUGGAGCAAUGUAUUACAGGCUCACUAUUCAUCACGCCUUAGUGCGAUCGCUCACACGUAUGCCGACAACGAAGACGCUCACUGGCAGAUAUUGAGCGGUGCAAUUGAAAAGUCAAUUACAGGUUUGCUUCGGAUAUCAUGCUGCGCUGUGCAAAAGGGACAAGUCCCCAACGAAGUUUUGAGUACCUGGUCGAUCCUCGAAUCCAUAGAUAAGGGAGAGGGCAAAUUGAGCCUAAUUGACUGGUUUGAGUUGCACCUUGGUGAGGGUCUUUGGAGAAUAACUCGAUGUGUAGAUGGUGCCACCAAAUUAGAAGAAUCUGGAUGGAACGGGUUGUUCGCACUAUCUUACUGGUGCGCCGAUCGUGGACUCAGGUUGCCGCCUGUCCGAUCUAUCGUUAUCGGACGGUCUGUUGGCCUUGCUGAGGAUGACCCAUCGCUUCAGGCGUAUCGAUCUCUUCAUUUCUUGCUAAAUGCAUCAGAGGUGAAGGAUUUCGUUCCGGCAAAAGGCAUUGCUACUAUUCGCUGCCUCACUGCUGCUGGGAAUAACCGAAAUUGCCCGAAACUAAGCAUUGCAGGGCUUGACUUGCUACACAUGUUUUCAUCGCAAGGCGAUGAGGCUACGGAGGCGAACGAUUUCUGGAAACUCGUUUGGAAACCUGUUGUUGAGGGCAUGACGGAAGCCAUAGGACUCAGUGCAUAUACCAGCGUUCGACAACAUGCUCUUUCCAUGCUGACAGAUUUGUUUUUGGAAAAACAAGCUGGAUUUAUUCCAAUCUCUCAUCUCUGUGAUUCGCUUGGCCAGCUAUGUAUACCACUUGCUGGGCGUGGUAUUGUUGAGCUGAGAGAAGGUAGCAUCAAGAUUGAGAGCACUGAUGAGUUGAUGAUAGAACUCGAUCUGUGUAUCGGUCUAAUAUUCAAGCCUCUCCGACACCACCUCAAGGAUGUUGUCAGCGAAGGGGAAGAAGUUCUGCUGCUAGUAUGGAAACCCAUACUUGAUGUCUUGAAGGAUAUUCUGAAUGAUCCAACUUCCAAAGGAGCCAAAGAAGCUGGGCUUCCAGCAGAGGCGCUACAUUCCACCAACGAGCUCACAAUAGAGCAUCUGCGCAAUGUCGUUCAUGUGUUGACCGACUUUGAUAUCUUGAAGGCACAAUCACAGUCUUCGGAUGAUAUUACUCAGCUUACAUGGGACGCAAUCGAAAGCAUGCCGCCGUGUAAAGAAUUCGUGAAAGAAUGGAAGCAAGGAACAGUGUGA